AUGCCCAAACGAACAAAUAAUUCUGCUGGCCCGACAAGAAAGUCCGCUCGUCUUGAGCGAAGACGACACGAGAAACACCUCCAUGCCUGUCCAUGCUUGCAAAAGGGUAUAGUCAGCCUUACUCCGAACGCGGAAAAUAAAUUUCCACCAAGCCGUUGCAGGUCAGGACUGGAUUUGCAGAAAGAAAUUGCAGAAAUUCGGGCAUACCCUAUCGUAUUACUGGACAAUAAACGUAAAUACCUAGAACGCUUUAACAUUCGCCGUGUGAACAUUCGGCAUAGGGAGCUAUCCGUCUUGGCUCCCGAACAAUCAAACACGAUAGUAAUUAAAUCGAAAAACCCCCACGAUUCGGCUGGCGGAUCAUCCAAGUCGUCUGCAGAGGAGAUUUAUUUUCCGCCUCCAAUAACACCUGAAUACGAAUCGCCGCGAGGACCAUGUGAUAUGGACAUUGAUAGCAGUCCCAGUGUGACUACGAGCGAUGCGAGAAAUGGAGAAGAGACGUGUGCUACGAUUAUGUCUUCCGACAGUGAUACUGACAGUCUGGGUACAGUACACAAGAAAACUGCUUCGACAAUCCAUUAUGCCGUCAAACAACAACAAGGAUGGCAGACAGAAGGAUUGAGAAGUAAACAUACAAACAAGACUACUCAUCCGGUGAUCGAAGAUGCAUUUUUUAUUCCUCGGCAUCCUAAUUCUGAUGUACAUAUACCAACCAAUACACGUUACACAAUCUUCGCUCUUGCUGACGGCCAUGGCGGUGCCCAGGCAGCCAAGUAUUUCUGUCGUCACGUACCUCGCAAAAUACGCGAAAUAGUGAAUUCCAAAGACAAGUGGGAUUUCAGAGAUUCUAAUGAUCAAAGGAUAUUCAGAGAGAAGAUAAAAGCCGUUCACAAGGCUUUGGAUCAGAGGUUUCUUAAUCUACAGAAACGGAAGUUUGUUGACUGGCAGCGCAGGGGAUGUCCUGAACCCAUUCCAGAAGAUCAAGGCUCAACGUUGAAUCUCGUGAUAUUGUAUAACGGCGUGGCUGUCAUUUCUAAUCUCGGUGAUUCGAAGACUGUUCUAUGCAAAACCACCGUUCAACAACGACGUAGUAAAAUAAAGUUACGACUAAAUUUGACUUUUCAAACCGUUGAUCAUUCUCCUGGUCAUCCUGAUAAGGCCUAUCAUAUACAUAAUAAUGGAGGAGUAUUUCGUCGUGUUGAAGAUGAGAAGAUAAUUAAACCAAAGAUUCAACCACCACCAACGCCAUCAUCUUUUUCUUCCGGAUGUAUGCAGACAUCUUAUAGUAAAUUCUAUUCUAGUCUAUUAAAGGCACGUGUAUGUAGACCAGAAGGAUUCAAAAAUUGCUACGGACUAGUAAAUAACGCUUCGGUUAAUAUUGGCGAUGCCAUGGGUGAUUUAUACUUUAAGCUCGAUCCGCCAUUGUUUCAAUGUGAACCGGAUGUCGAUUUUGUAGAAUUAGAGACGGGCGUCGAGUAUGUGGGUAUUCUUGCCCCCGAUGGAUUAUGGGAUCAUAUGACUGUGAGAAUGCCAGAGUUUGUAAGGAAAACAGCAAAGUACUUGGAAGAGAGGAGGAUGUGUGAUGAAUUUGAGUACUCGAGAAAAGCAAUGAGAAAUAAAUGCACUGGUCAUAAUAAAAAGGGCAAAAAUAAUGAUAACAUGGUAGUUGAUGAUCAGGACACGGAUGAGAGUAGUAACGACAGCAUUUCAGUUUGUCAGAGGAAUAAAACAAAGACAAUUGCCAACGGUACUACGUCAGAUACUCAGUCGACUACUGUAACAUCAUCAAGAAUUCUGUCGACAACCAGUAUCAAGGAACUUGCCAAGGUGCUAUGUGAUAGGGAAGGAGAUGCAUUAGGCAUAUUCGAAAGAGAUCAAGGGCGCUAUGAUGAUUGUACUAUAGUUGCAUUUACCGUCAAGUUUGAAGAAGAUUGA